GGGAGGGUUUGUAGGGAACCCCCGCUUGAGGGAGGACUCGUUCAAGUCGUCUCAAGUGAUAGUCCUUGUUUGGAGCUGCCCGACUCCUGUCCAUGUCACAGUCCCCAGGCUUACUGCCGGGAUGGGUUAUCGUUCUGUCUAGCCACCCAACUGUUCAAUGUCUAGUCGAAAUAGUGCAGAAGUGUCGGGUUCCCCCUCCCCAGCACUCAGUAGCAUUGGCAAUAAUGCACCAAAAUAUGGAACGUUAGUUCCAAACAGAGUUUUUGUGGGUGGGAUAUCAGCCAAUACAACAGAACAAGAUCUCUUGGACCUAUUCUCACAAUAUGGCAUUGUUAAGGCUACCAAGAUCAUCAGUGACCGAGCUGGGGUUUCCAAAGGAUAUGGAUUUGUCACUUUUGAAACAGAAGAAGAAGCCAGGCGACUCACACAGGAGGCUGACAACAUAAUGCUCAAGGAUAGAAAACUUAAUAUUGCUCCUGCCAUUAAGAAACAAGUUAGUGAUGUUGGUUACAUAAAGAACUACUCACCACGCCUAAUAGAUAGCAGCAGUAGUGUUGUAGGCAGUGGUGGAACAGUUUUCUUCACUAAUGGGGCUGGCUACACCACAGUACCUGUCAUGGCUCCCACAGAGUACCACCCAACAUUCCCUCAAGCCACAGCUGCCGCUCCCACCUCACCCUCAGCCUAUCAGACUCUCAUCUACCCGCAGCCCAUGUACUACCCUCAACAGUACCAGUAUCAACCAACGCAGCAAAUGAUGCAGCCACAGUGGGGAGCUGCCCCUCAGUGGCGAUGGAUCACCCCAACAUCCUACCAACAGCCUGAGUGUAGUCCUCAGCAGUGUUUGGCUGAGCACAGCAGCCCAGCACCUGGGGAUCAUACCACAGCUUCUGCUACAGGAAGCCCCCCUCUCACCUCUACCUCCCUUACCCUGGGCUGUCCUUCCACUCCCACCACAGCCACUGCCACCACCACCAUCUGUGCCACAGUCAAAACUUUCUCCACAACUGUGACUAAAACCACUGCCACCACAGCUGUAAGUGCCAAGGCUGGGAGAAAUCAAGAUUCAACCCCACAAGUGAAGUCAGUACCCCAGCCAGCAAAGCAUAGCCCAUUCAUUGGAGGGCCUAAAGGGAAUCCCACAGCCACCACAAAAACAACCUUUGGAGCAGAUAAUGAUUACAAGACAGAUGAGGAUAGCAAUGUGGGUGGAAGAAGCAAUGGUGUUUCUUCAAUUCCCUCUCCAACAUCUCACCCAGUGUCUUCCAGCCACAGCUGCGUAACCAGCAGCAGCAGCAGCAGCAAGACCACCACCGCUGUUAUUGGCAGCUGCAGCAACAUCAUGAAUGGUUCUCCCUAUCCAAAGGUACCAAGGAACAGUGGUGUAACAAAGAAGACAUUAGAGGAGGUUGGAGUAAAUACGAUUGAACAGGAUCAUGGCUGCAACAGAAUGAUGAACCGGACAUUGGAAAGGAAUGGGAAUCAGUCUGGAAAUAUGAGCCAGAUGUUCCACAGUGUGGAAUGCAGCACAGAUGUUCCCAGAGCUGGCAGCAACAUUCAUUCCAACAAGACAGCUACUUGGGGUGGUUGGAUGCCAGCAACAGUUGGCAAAGAAACUACAUGGAGGCCAUAUGGUGGCCAUCCUGCAGUAUACCCACAUCAGUACAGUGGCAGAACACCAUACCACUAUGGCAACCCCAGGCAUCUCCAGACAGCUCACAUAACACCCCAGUCGUGGACACCCAUUGGCUGGCCACUGAUUCUUCCUCACUCACAGCCACACAGCCUCAGGAACACCUCACCCGGUUUCAGUCACAACAUGAAUCAAACUCUUUUGUUGCCCCAGCCAAUGUAUUCUCCCCACAGCAAUCCUACCUACAGUGGAACCCAGCCUCCUCCUUUCUCUCAGUCACGACCUCCACCACGGGAUCAACAGACAGUGGAAACUUCCUCCAAGACACCUGAUGGCAGGCCCUUGGCAGCUCAAGCAAAAGAUGAUAGUUUAUGUCCAGUUGCUACUAGUAUUAGUAGAAGCAAUAGCACUAGUGGCACCCUCACCAAAACAACUCUAAGCAACAGGACCAGCAGCCCUAUGAGUGCUCCAUCCCCAGUGGUGAGCAGAGAGUCUUGCCCAACCUCACAUGCAGGGAUUGGACUUGAUCAGACAGGUUAUGGGUAUGCCAACCAGCAGCACAUGAUGGUAAUGCCAUAUUGGCGGUACAGUGGGUCAGCAGCACCGUAUUACAAUUGGGCAGCUCCUGUAGUGAUGCAGUGGCCAGUGUCACAGUCCCCUUCAACACCAAUGCAUUCUACUCCAAAUAAUACUUCAAACAUGGCAGCACAAGCUAAACCUACAGAUAGUUGCCUCCCUCACACUGCUCUGACCUUCACACCCCAGAAUGAGAGGCACAGUGCCACCACCAGUCCCCAGGUUAUGACUUUUGAUUUUAGAGAAGUGCACAGUCCAGCCAGCAACAACAUCCCAGGUUCCAAGUCUGGCAGGGGUGGUCACAUGGACACGAGCUACAGCAGGAACCGUCCCUAUUACAAUCAAGCAUUUCACACAUCACCAUAUUACUCCAGUCCAGAAAUGGUUUAUAAGCAGCAAUCAGAGCAGAAGAAAAUGGAGCAUCCUAAGACAUCUCUUUCUAGCUUUUCACUUGCAACAAUGUCUCCCUGCAAGUUUCCCAAACCAGUUGCUCCAGGCUACUCUCAGACUGUGCCUCCCCAGAAAGGUUUUGGUUCUAGUGGUGGUGGUGGGGUCAGUUUAGCCAGAUCAGUUGAGCAAGAAGAGCAAUGCACAACAGUACCCAUGACCCCUCCCCCAACUCCUCUCCCUGACCCUGAAGAAAUAAGUGAUGCCAUUGCAAAUGUGAAUGCAUCAUGAAAAGCUGUAUAUGCAAUUGUUCUUUUGUAAGUGAAUAUUGAAAAUGUAAUGAGAUACUUGAGGAAUUCUAUAGCAAAAGUGACAAGUGGAAGGUAUGAAGGUGGCAGAAGUUACCUAUGGAUAAAUGUUUUGAUUGUGUUCAUUAUCAUAAGUGCUUUCAGAACCAGAGAUCUGUGGUUGUGUCCAAAGGUAAAUGUAUUGUGGCUUUAGUGAUUGUGCCAAAGUCUUCCCCUUUUGUCCUCCUGUCACUCUUGGCCUAAUGUGAAUCACCCUUGAUCUUUCUUCUUGCAUUGUUUACAGCAUAUUAUACAUGUUUAUAGGUGCUUGGGCCACCAGGAGCUGUUACAAUUUGCUCAUAUCUGUAAUGUGAUACUCUGUUGAUUGUUUUAUCAUUUUCCAUUAAGCCUAUGAAAGCUCCUUUUUUUUUUUUUUUUUUUUUUUUUUUUUUUUUCUCCCACUUUACAUUAAGGGUUUUCAGAGUUUGAAGAAUUAGAUGUAUUGAGGCAAUGGGUACUACAUAGCCACCCCUUGCAUUGUUAUAAGAUUAUCUAUAUUAAGUAAAGCUAUGGUCACUCUGGUGAUAGAACACUGUUAUUAAAUUAUUGAUUUUUCACCUUAUGGUGUGAAGACAGUGAAAGGGAGAGAGAGAGGUGUGAAAAAAAAAAGUAAUUCCUCAUCUUCAAGGCAGAGAUUUGCAUGUACUCUGCUGGGAUGAUGGCAUUAUAGAAAAAAAUAGAAGAAUUAAAUUUAAAAGUAAAUAUUAACUUAGUUAUAAUGACUAAUAUAAGUAUGGUCAGUUUUCUUUAUGCAGACAUUUGUUUCCUACCUUGAUCACGCCUUGUUUCCUCUGGAUUACAUAAGUAGUUUCUUAUAGAGGAUGCUGGUCUGGGGAGGGAAGCUAGCACUGAGGCAGUGGAAAUUAGUCAUGCUAUCUCCCUAUACCUUUAUAACAUAAAUUAUUGGGAUUUUCAGUAUUUUAAUUAAGUUUAGUGGAAGCAGAGUCCAUUCAAAUUUAUUUCAAGAAAAAAAAAUUAUGAUUUUCCAUUACUGUAGUAGAUAUGAUUAGUCAUCAGAUGUUAAAAAUUAAGUGUUGAAAUUUGAGGUUCUAUAUCAGAUUAUGGAAAUUGUGUCUGCAUAAUUUUAAUCCCUGUGAUGGGAGGUUAGUGUUAACUAUGCUCACAGUUGUGGCCAUCUUCAUAAGUUAAAACAUGUGUGAACUGUCUACCACUUACGGGAUAGGUAGUAGAUAUGUUUAUUACCCUUGUCAUACUGCUCACUGACUUGAGACAUAAACAGUGCUAAUUGGCAGAGGUAACCAAAGAUAAGCUGAAGGCUCUAACAGUACAGGAAGUUUUUUUUGCUACAUGUAUUCCAAUACUGAGAAGUUUUGUUGUAUACUUUCUAAUUUUAGUAACCAAAAUUUUGGUAAACUUAGUAGGCUUUUUUUUUUUGAGAGAAUUUUUACAUCAGAGGUGAGCCAACUUUUAGGUUUUGUGGCAUAGCCAUAAAGCUUGAGUUAAAGAAAGUAGGCCUUUUUAUGAUAGUGUACACAGGUUUCUAAACAUUGUAUUCAGUAUGUUUUUUAAUGAAAAUUCAGCAAGCAUUUAUUUUGUGGAAUCAUAACCAAUUCAAGUUCCUGUGUGUGGUAUGAUGAAAGCAAAAUAUUUUUAUAAGGCACUCUGCAAUGCAUGAGCCACGCUUGCUGAGGAGGAGGGAGGCAACUGCUCUUGCUGAUUGAAAACAAUCUGCAUUAGUGUUAUUUUUCCUCCCAAUACAUUCUCAGUGCAAUAAUUUCUAUUUUAUGUAUGUUUUAAGCAGAGAGCUAUCAAAAUUAUAUUUAUUUCUAUUUAUACUUAAGCAUAUCAGUCUUUAAAUAUUCCCUAUUGGUUGUGAGUCAGUGUAGGCUAAAGUGGUGGUGAUUAGAAUUAAGUAUGUGCAGAGUGGUGUUUGUGGAAUUUCCUUGGUGCUUCUGGAGUCUUGCCUGAUCCACUCCAGUAGUUUCUUUACUAUGAUUCUUUGUAUGUGUUUUCAGUAUAGUUUAGGGGGGGGUUGACUGUUUGUAGUGAGCUGUUAACUAAGUUAAAGUGUAAACAAUACCUUACCUUAUUUGCAGAAUGAUGUGAUACAAGUGCAAUAAAUGAUCAUGUAGGAAGUUAAUACCAGUAUAGCCAUUUCAUACUAGUGAAGAAAGUUAUCAUGAUGAAAGGUGGUACAUGAUGAAGUAUAGACAGUAGACAGAAAAUAUUUUGUCAUUAGGUACUAGGGUUAUAAAGCAGUCUGCUCAAUAUAUUAAAAAGAUACAAAUUAAGAAUAUCUGAGGCCUUGAGUCCACUACUUGAAACUUUUGGUCAAUAAAUAAUGUUCAAUCUCAGAUUGUUAAACAGUGAAAUAGAGCAAGUUCCUUAGUGAUUGUGAUGUGCAAAUCCUCUUUAGGAAAUCUGUGGAAUAAAAGUAAGUGCCUGUGGAGCAAGAAAGCUAGUCGGUUGUACUUUCCUGUGUGAGUAAAUUCAUCAUCAGU